CACUAUGGCCACUUUAUACACGGCGCUGUGUGCGCUCUUCAUAUAUCAGCAGGUCAGUUCUGUGGUAUCCGUUUGUCUGACCGGAUGCUCCUGUACAGACGAAACCUUCGGCCGGUCUUUGCUCUGUAUGGAGCUUCCUUAUGUACGGAUCCCACCAAACAUUCCUGAGAAUUUCAUCAAAAUCCGCAUUGAAAAAUCGCAUGUAACUGAAAUCCCGCAGGGUGUGUUCUCUCAAAUCAGUGCCUUAAUGUUCCUGUGGCUAAACUUCAACGAUAUAACUCUGAUGAAUGUUAGAAGUCUAGAGGGACUGCACAACUUGACAGAAUUACGCAUACAAGACAACAAACUACGUUCGAUACCAUGGACCGCCUUUCAGGACACUCCAGAACUUAAAGUUUUAGACCUGAAGCACAACCGGAUAGACGUGCUCCCUGAAAACGCCCUGCGCCACCUGCUCGCUCUUACCUACUUAGAUUUAUCCUUCAAUCAGCUUACGAUCGUAUCCAGAGACGUGUUCCUCAACUGGCCGCGGUUUUAUUCACAGACACGAGGCAGGAAAGAGGAACAAACGAAUGUUGUUCUGGCGCUGCACGAUAAUCGCUGGCUGUGUGACUGUCGACUCAGAGGAUUCAUCGAAUUCAUCAACUCUGUUGCUCCACCGAUUGUUCUGAUGAGCUCGUACAUGACGUGUUCAGGUCCUGAGAGCAGAGCUGGAAAGUUCUUUCAUGAGCUGGAGUUGAAGACAUGUUUAAAGCCAGAAACCUUCAGUCCUCAAACCAACAUCACGCUUCCUCUGGGCUCAAAUGUCACUGUGAGGUGUCUGGUGAAAUCGAGGCCAGAGGCGGUCAUCCGCUGGAGCUACAGGCUAAAAAGCAUCAGAGGUUUUACAGUGUCUCAGACGCAGUUGGACGUGGACACCAUCAGUUCGGCUCUGAUCAUUCCGGUGCUUCAUGCGGCCGAUCGAGGCGUUUACACCUGCACUGCCAACAACUUCAUCGGAAACUCCUCCAUCAAUAUCUGGCUUGAUGUUCAAUCCCACAAUUCCUCUUUCCCGCUCUCCACCGCCGUCUAUGAAAAUGUGUAUAUUGACGUACGCAUCGCCAAGCAGACGGUCUACGGCGUCACGGUCGAGUGGUUCACUUUGACUGAGAAACCUGCCCAAACCUGGUUCACCGUUUAUUUCGGCCGCCAUGACAUGCCAAAGAAAGACGCCAUUUACAUGAGUCCAGGAAGCAACAGCUACUCUGUCAACGGUCUGCUUCCCCUCACGAAAUACGAAGUGUGCGUGACGGUGAGAAACCACGCGCCACGUGACAGCCAGUGCGUCGUGUUUGUGACGGGCAGUGACACGAAUGAACGGGAGCGACGAGAGAGACUGAUUCACAUAAUCGUCAUCGUUUGUGCGAUGGUGCUCGCCGUCCCAGCGGGAAUGUUCGUGUGCACGACCAACACCAGAUGCCGCUGCUGUGAGAGCUGCGCAGAACUGUACGACAGACGGCGGCGACACGAGAAAGACCUGCGGCCUGGCGAGAGACAUGAGAGACAGAACACGUUUGACAGUCUUCAGGCCGCCAGUGAUGAAAAACUGUGUCGAGACGAUAAAGCACAGAAUGGAAACAGCGCACAGUUGUAUUAAUAACACGCAUGUACGUGUACAUUCACUGAACGCACCUUAAUUGUGUCUUCCAUUUUCAUUGGGAGAGUUUUAUUAUCAGUGCUGCAUUAAAUAUAUUCACAGCAUGUGCAUUGUUUUACAUGUUUAUAACUUUAAACGUCUUUCUUAAUUAAUCACAUCUAAACCAGAUAAUCUUAAACUGCUUUGAUAAUUAUUACACAAGAAUAUCUCUAUAAUACAUAUUAUAAUGAAAUAUCUUCUUAUUUUCUACAUUUCCAUGUCUGUAUUUCUCUGGUUUACCAUUAAAUUCAAUAUUGUGGCUUCUGUAUGAAUAAUAAUUGUGAUGUUCCUCA